AUUAUAAUAUUUGGAGGUUAGAAAUCAGUUUUUGGGAAUCUGAAAGCAUUUUCCGACAGUUUCAACUUUUUUUAAUAAUAAUUGUCGAAAAUCACUUUUGCAGAUUUUUGUAAAUUCUAGUUUUACCUUCAGCAUAAUACAAAAAUGAGCUUCGAUUCCUUCGACACAACCUUACCCAAAGGGGGAGAUAAAGACCUGCAGGACUUUUUAAUGAUUGAGAAACAAAAAGCACAAUUCAAUGCACAGAUCCACGAAUUCAACGAAUUCUGUUGGGAAAAAUGUGUGGAUAAGCCAGGAAACAAAUUAGAUGGAAAAACUGAAACUUGUUUAACAAAUUGUGUUGAUAGAUUCAUAGAUGUGUCUCUUCUAAUCACAAAUAGAUUUGCUCAACUACUACAGAAAAGUGGAGGAGCAAUGUAACUGGAAAUGUUAAAGAUUGUUUUUAGUAGAAAUGUGAGCUCAGGGUGAUAUUAUUAUGAGUUCGGUGUAUUAUGAGUAAAAGGAAUUAUUUAUAUUAAACUUUUUCCACAGUUA